UGGCGUCUCUAGCUUUUCUUUGUUUUAUUCGGCAACUACCCACCGCUGUACAAUUUUGAAUGAUAAUGCCGCGUUAGUCAAAGCAAAUUCCUACAAUCAGUAUGAAAACAUGGCUUUCUCUAUCAUUCAUAGCACUGGGAAAACUUCGCAAUCUUUCUGAAAAUCCUUGCCUUCAGAAUUAACUCUUCUUCUCUUCUGCUAUAAUCCACCAAUGGAAUUCGUGGCUUCAGUAUUGGGGUCAGUAGUUGCAGAAGCUUGUCGACAUCUUUGUGGGUUUCCCUGUUCUAAAUUUAGUAAUCCCUUCAAAUUCAAAUCAAACGUUAAUGAUCUCGAAAAGGAGAUUCAGCAUCUAACUGAUCUGAGAUCUGAAGUGGAAAAUGAGUUUAAUUUUGAGUCGGUUUCAACGACACGAGUAAUUGAGUGGCUUACGGCGGUUGGAGGGGUAGAGAGUAAGGUUAGUUCAACGACAACAGAUUUAUCAGCCAACAAAGAGAAGUGUUACGGUGGAUUUGUAAAUUGCUGUCUGCGUGGUGGGGAAGUGGCAAAGGCCCUCAAGGAGGUACGAAGACUUCAAGCCGAUGGAAAUUCCAUCGCCAACAUGGUCGCUGCCCAUGGUCAAUCAAGAGCAGUGGAGCACAUACCAGCCCAAUCAAUUGAAGAUCAACCAACAGCUUCCCAAAAUUUGGCCAAAAUUUUGCAUCUUCUGGAGGAUGGUGUUGGGAGUAUAGGCGUUUGGGGUAUGGGGGGAGUGGGCAAAACCACUCUGGUAAAGAACUUGAACAACAAGCUCGGGAAUUCUUCUUCAACCCCACCUUUUGGCAUGGUCAUAUGGGUUACUGUGUCCAAGCAGCUGGACUUGAUGAGGAUCCAAACCCGAAUUGCUGAGAGAUUGAGCAUGGGAGUGGACAAGAAUGAUAGCACGGAGAAUGUGGCUAUUAAAUUGCAUCGGAGGCUGAAGCAGCAAAACAAGUUUCUCCUCAUUCUGGAUGAUGUUUGGGAGGGAAUUGAUUUGGAUGCUUUGGGUGUCCCACGGCCUGAAGUUCAUCCGGGUUGUAAGAUCAUACUGACAACUCGAUUUAGAGACGUUUGUCGAGAGAUGAAGACUGAUGUAGAAUUUAAAAUGAAUGUCCUAAAUGACGCAGAAGCUUGGUAUUUGUUCUGUAAAAGCGCAGGCAAGGUGGCCACCUUACGACAUAUCAAGCCAUUAGCAAAGGCAGUAGCUAAAGAAUGUGGUGGAUUGCCCUUGGAAAUAAUUAUCAUGGGGACAUCUAUGAGGGGAAAAACAAAGGUUGAGCUCUGGAAUAAUUCCUUGAACCAACUUCAAAGUUCACUGCCAUAUAGCAUCAAAGGAAUCGAGGCUAAGGUUUAUAGGCCCUUAAAGUGGAGCUACGACUCCUUGCAAGAAGGUCUCAUAGAUAAUCAAAAGAACUAUGAUGAUAUACACAAUACGGGAAUUGCUUUGGUUGAAUCUUUGAAGGACUGUUGUUUGCUGGAAGAUGGUGACUUUAAGGACACUGUGAAAAUGCAUGAUGUAGUUCGUGAUGUUGCCUUAUGGAUUGCAUCCUCCUUGGAGGAUGAAUGUAAAUCCCUCGUUCGCUCGGGAGUGAGCUUGAGUCAUAUUUCACCAGUUGAAUUAUCGGGGCCCCUCAAGAGAGUUUCUUUCAUGCUCAACAGUUUAAAAAGUCUACCCAAUUGUGUGAUGCAGUGUUCAGAGGUAUCAACUUUGCUUCUACAAGAUAAUCCCCUGCUUCGCAGAGUUCCAGAGGACUUUUUUGUGGGAUUUCUGGCGCUCAAGGUCUUGAAUAUGAGCGGGACCCAUAUCCGUAGGCUGCCUCUUUCCCUUCUCCAACUUGGACAACUCCACAGUCUUCUUUUACGGGAUUGCAUUUAUCUUGAAGAAUUGCCCCCACUGGGAAGCCUUAAUAGACUGCAAGUGCUCGACUGUAAUGGCACUGGUAUUAAGGAGUUGCCAAAUGAGAUGGAACAGUUGAGCAACUUAAGGGUAUUAAACCUGUCACGAACUGACUACUUGAAAACUAUUCAAGCAGGGGUAGUAUCAGAGUUGUCCGGGCUAGAGAUUCUAGACAUGACCCAUAGUAAUUACAAAUGGGGUGUGAAAGAGGGACAGGCAUCAUUGGAGGAGCUAGGAUGCCUUGAGCAGUUAAUUUUUUGUUCAAUUGGGUUGGAUAGAAACACCUGUACUGCCUCGGAGGAGCUUGUUUGGAUAACAAAAUUGAAACGCUUCCAAUUUCUUAUGGGCUCAACCGAUUCCAUGAUUGACAAACGAACCAAAUACAAGGAAAGGGUAGUGAUCUUCAGUGAUCUUGAUCUCUCUGGAGAAAGGAUUGGAGGGUGGUUAACUCAUGUGGAUGCCCUGGAUUUGGAUUCUUGCUGGGGACUAAAUGGGAUGCUUGAAACCUUGGUCACAAACAGCGUUGGUUGCUUUUCUUGUUUGAAGAAACUGACCAUUUCCCAUUCUUACAGCAGCUUUAAGCCCGCAGAAGGACAUGGUGCUCAGUAUGACCUGCUACCUAAUCUAGAGGAGAUUCACCUUCAUUUUCUCAAACAUUUACAUAGCAUUUCAGAAUUAGUUGAUCAUCUUGGACUAAGAUUCUCAAAACUAAGAGUCAUGGAGGUAACCCGCUGCCCCUACUUAGACCAUCUCCUCGAUUGUGGUGGUGUUAUUUUAACCUUAGAGAACCUGGAAGACCUAAAGGUAUCGUCCUGUCCCGAGGUAGUUGAGCUCUUCAAAUGCAGUUCACUAUCGAACUCAGAGGCCGAUCCAAUUGUUCCUGGCCUACAGAGAAUAAAGUUGACAGACCUUCCCAAAUUAAAUAGCUUAAGCAGACAACGGGGGACAUGGCCGCAUCUAGCUUAUGUUGAAGUGAUAGGUUGUGACAGCCUCAAGAAAUUACCUCUCAGUAAGAGAAGUGCAAAUGCCCUGAAAGAAAUAGUAGGCGAAUUGGAGUGGUGGAACCGAUUGGAGUGGGAUCGGAUUGAUAUCCAGUCCAAACUUCAGCCCUUUUUUAAAGAACAGAGGCCAUACUGAUGACAAGUUGAAGAGGAAGUUUUAGGGAGAUGAUAAGGGGCUAUGAGACUAUGAGUUCUAUCCAGGCCAUUGGUCUGGUGAGCUGCUCUUGUUAGAAAAUUGUUGCCUCAUUUCAGCUUUCUUGUUCAGUUCCUUUCGUUGUUUAUGGUUGUUGUUUGUGAUUGUUAACUUGUGCCUAUUUCAGAGACUAUGUCUAUUUGCACAUUGCUUAUUUAGGGGUAUCUUCUUGGGCUGUC